CUUACGAGUGGUCACACUUUGUUUUGUUUUUAUUUACAAACUGCCUGAAAUGCGAAAUUAUGGACUCCACCGACAUAAACCUUAAUAUUAGUACCUCCUCCUCCUGUCGCGCCUGCCUGGGGGUGGACGAGGCCAACACAAGUCUUUGCCUGUACGACGAAAUCGAGUACAACGGGAUAAACAUGGAGUUGUGGCAGCUUUUGCUGUUUGUCUCCAAAGUGAAGAUGGCCGAGGAUCCGAAUCUUCCAGCCCAGAUCUGUCAGACCUGCGCCCAGCGGCUAAUCAGCGCCUACGAGUUUAUCCUGGAUGUGGAAAACUCAGAGAAGAAACUGCAGAGUCUGUCCCUGCCACAAGCUGAAGCGGCUGCGACCAAGCCGGACGAGGGGCAUGUGGAGGUGGUGGAGCUGAUUGACCAGGAGGAAGUAAUUGAUAUGGAGGACUUCCUGCCUGCUGGUUACGAGGAGCAGCAGGCAACCCUGGGGGAGUUGACCGAGGCUCCAAAAUGUGAUGUGGAGGAUCAGCAGCUGUAUGCCGUCGCUGAUCCAGACUCUGAAACGGAAAUUAAGGAGGACGAGGUUAACGCGGAUGAUGGUCAGCUUGGAGUGCCGCCAAAUCAACAUGAGAUCACUCUCCCGCCAGCUGGAUCUUCCAGGCUGGGCAGCCGUCUGACACAUUCGAGUAACUUUAUGUACAAGUGCGAUAUUUGUCCACGUGUCUUCGCCAAGAGCGAGUCCCUUCGACGACACUUUGACCUGGCUCACCGAAAGACGGCGGACAUGGCUGCCCAGGAGUUGGCGGACGAGAGCAGCGGCACCGGCCUGCUCACCUGCGAGCAUUGUCCGCGCACAUUCAAGCGCCAGGACACGCUCCGGCGACACAUGCUGGCAUUCCACCCCGACGCACCGCUAGCUUCUGGGCCCGAGAUGGAGGACACUUCGCCUCGCAAACGUGUUGCCAAGCGUCGAGAUUGUCCCCAUUGCGGCCUUAGCUUCCCUGCGUCCAGUCUCACCAUUCACAUCCGGCGGCACACCGGCGACAAUCCGUACAAAUGCACCCAGUGCGAAAAGGCCUAUCCCCGCAGCCAGGAUCUGACCCUGCACAUGAGGCAGCACACGGGCGAGCGACCCAGCCAGUGUAAGAUCUGCUCGAAGAAGUUCAUUUCGCAAAACAAACUGGCGCGUCACAUGCGUCUUCACACGGGCCAGCGGCCAUAUGUCUGCGACAAGUGCAAUAAGGGCUUCGUGCAAUCCAACGACCUCAAGAUCCAUAUGCGACGCCACACGGGCGAGCGGCCGUACCACUGCGGCGUGUGCGGUGAUAGCUUUGUGUGCGGCUCCCUGCUGACUAUCCACCGCAACCAGAUGGGCCAUUACGAAGUCGGGCACAAAGAAACGGGCGCAGAAGGCUCCAACCUGAACGAUCCGUAUGUAAAUGCCCGGGUGAGUAAGCGUCGGGCAGAGGACAUUGAACGGAUGCGCUUGCAGAGGGCUACCGAGGAUCAAAUUCAACAGCCAAUGGAGGUUACUUAUCAGCAGAAAUCGCCACCUAUUCUUUCCUACAAGUGCGGUGUCUGUGAGAUGAAUUUCAAGAGCGGUGCCCUGCUGACCAUCCAUCGCAAUAACAUGGCUCAUUACGAGAUCGGAAAGGUGGACUAUGGCGACCCCUUUGGGGAGAAGCAGAAAAGGGUUAAAUAAAUCAACUAUCUUACUUAA